GGGCUGCCACCCCGGGCUGCCUCCGUGCCAACCACCCAGGGCCACGGGACAGCGGGAAACCCGCGGGACGGGCGCGCAGCAUCCCCUCGGGCAGCCUGCACCGCCCUGCCCUGCCCCUGCCCCUGCCCUUGCACCCUGCCCCGCCACUGCCCCUGCCCCCGCCACCGCAUCUACCCCUGCCUCUGCCACUGCAUCUGCCUCUGCCCCACCACUGCACCCCACACCCUGCCCUCUGCCCCUGCACCCACACCCUGCCCUCUCCCCUUGCCCCUGCUCCUGCCCCUGCCCCACUUCUCCCCACUGCCAGGCUGCACCCAGGAGCCGGGCGGCUGCCGCAUCCCAGAGCUGGCUGAGUCUGGAGAGGAGGUGCCCAGGGAGGGAGGGAGAGCAGGGAUGCCCACGUAGGCACCGCUGUCUUGGCCUGGAGGCACCUGUCUUUUCACCUCCCCCAGAGGCGCUGGUGCUGCUGCAGCCCAGGCUGGGGAUGGGGCUGAGCUGUGCCAGUGCUCCUGCUGGCACCAACCCUGGAGGGUCUUGCCCCUGUGCUCAGGCUCAGCCCCAUGCUGCACUGGGGCAGGAAGGGAUUUCCCCCCUGCUCAGACUGGUGCGGACUGGGAGGGGUGCCUUCCUCUGCAGUGGGUGGUGUGGCCUCGUGUGUAUAUUAGCAACCUUUGCAUUGGCAGCACAUUGGCGCCGCGGCCCCCCUGCUUUCCUGGGGGCAGGGGCAGGGGUGAUGCCUGGGUCUGUGUCAGGGGUGACUGUGUCAUGCUGCUCAGUGGUUGGACACAGGGUUCAUCUGGGCUGGUUUGCACAGGGCUGAUCCUGCUUCAGGCAGGGCUGGGACUAGAUGUGACCUCUGCAGCUCCCUGCCAGCCCCACACCUCUGAUUUUCUCUGCUGUUUCUAUGAUUCUACCCCGGGCUCUUUCCUCCAAAGUGUUUACGUUCAGAUGAAGCAGUUCAGCUCCUGUGAUCCACUGGCUGCAGUGCCUGCCUCCAGGCUGGCUCCCCUCUUUGAGGCUACAAAAAAGCAUUUGCUUAUAUCUGUCCUUUUUGGGUAUUUCUAAAAGAUGUUCCAGUCCCUCCCUUGAUGGCAGAAAGCAUUGCCCAUGCUGGGGCCUCUCCGCUGUUUGUCCUCAGGCCUCUGCACAGUGACUGCACGGAAAGCAGCACUGGGACCUACUGUUUUUCUAGGCCUCUACUGCACCUGGGAGGAUGCAAAAGGAGCUUGGCAGGAGUCAGCUUUGUUCGGUUCAUCACAUUGAAUUUGCAAGGCCAUCUGCUUAUCACUAGUCUAUUCAUGAGACACGGCGUCUGCAAAAGAUGAAGCCUCUGCCCCCUCCCUUCUUGCCCUGCCUGCGUCUGCUAAGCUGCAGCACAGCAAAGUCAGUGGCAGCGCUGGCAAGGCAAAGACAAGAGACAACCUGGACUGUCUCACACCCUCCUGAUGCACGUGAUGCGUCCUGAUCCGGACUUGUCAUCACUUGAACUGUUUUGUUGGGGACCCCUAGACCCAUAUUAUCCACCACAGCGUCUUCCCAGUCCAUCAGAUGUGGGGGAAAUCCACACCCUUCAUGCUGUGCCUGCCUGUGUUUCUUACUCUGCUCUACCAAAAUACAUAGGGGGAAGUUCUGGCCUUUGUGAGAUUGAAGUCAGCAUCUUAGGGCUAUUGUAGAAAUCGCAGAGAAGACUUCAGCGAGGGGGGCUGCAACAAUCCCAUGCCUGUUGUUGCAGUCACUUGGGAAGUUGGAGGAUGAUCCCUUUUCCACAUUCCUGGACGCAGUCAUGCCCUGCCCCAAGCUGAAACGGCUUAACUGGAUUAACUGUCACUGUGGCAGAGCACCCGCGGUGCCUGCCACUUUAAGGGCUAUAUGGCAGUCAGCAGGGCAGCCAGCAGGUGCGGGCUAGCCCUAAUGUGGCAGUCACCUGCCUGCAGGAGGGCCCUAGGAUUGGUGGAGGGGGCUGAGCAGCCUCCUUUUUAGGUCCAGGCUGCCUAGGGCUGCAGCAGCACUUUGCUGCUGGCAGCCAACAGAGCAAUAGCUGGUUGAGCUGCUGCUCAGAGCGUCCUGGUCCUGGUCCUGGUCCUGGUCCUGGUCCUGGUCCUGGUCCUGGUCCUGGUCCUGGUCCUGGUCCUGGUCCUGGUCCUGGUCCUGGUCCUGGUCCUGGUCCUGACUGAAAAUUGCACCCUGCUGGGGAUGGGUAGCCUGUUGGGACUGCUCAUGGUGGAGCAGCCCCCCAGAAAUGCCAGGCCAGUUACCUCCCUGGUGGAAGGUGCCGGUGACGUUCGAGGAUGUGGCGGUUUACUUCUCCCCGGAGGAGUGGGCAGAGCUGGCGGGCUGGCAGCGGGAGUUGUACCGCGACGUGAUGAUGGAGAACUACGAGCUGGUGGCCUCGCUGGGUUGGCCGUCUGUCAAACCGGAGAUCAUCUGUAAGAUAGAGCAGGAGGAAGAGCCGUGUGUCGAAGACCCUGCGGACCCCAGUGUGCCGGGGAAGCCCCGACACUCCUGGUCCGCGGAUGAUGUGUUUCGGGUUAAGAAGGAGGAAGAGGAGCGUGCAGAGACCCAGGAGUCCCCUGCUGCUCUCUCGGGAAAAUCCAAAGGAUGUGUGGACUCGCAGGGCGCAAAGACGCAGAGCAGCACGGCUCAAAGCAAGACCCUCGAUAAGCCACGCAGCCAGGGGGGCAGUGCGCCGAGCCAGCCUCCAGCAACCCCUCACCCCAGAGUCUCGCUCAAGAAGAAGCCGCCCACAUGCCCCGAGUGCGACAAGAGCUUCAAGAGCAACACGGCUCUGACCAUCCACGAGAGGAGCCACACAGGGGAGCGUCCCUACAAGUGCCCCACAUGUGCAAAGGGCUUCCCUUCCAAGGGGGACCUCAAGCGCCACCAAAAAACCCACGUGGGGAGGAAGGACACAGCCCCCGGGAGAGGAAGGAGCCAGCCCCAGAAGCUGCAGAUGCGGCCCCUGCGAAGUCCCCCAGCACCCAAGCGGCCACACCUCUGUGCCCAGUGUGGAAAAGGCUUUAACAAGAGCCGGGACUUGCGGAAGCACCAGCGGACGCACACGGCGGCCCGCCCCUUCGCCUGCCCGGACUGCGGCAGCACCUUCCGCCUGAAGCAGAUCCUGGUGUCCCACCAGAAGGUGCACCGCGGGGAGAAGCCCUUCCCGUGCCCAGCGUGCGGGAAGCACUUUGGCCAGAAGCACCACUUGCUGAGCCACCAGCGCGUGCACACGGGCGAGAAGCCCUUCCCCUGCCCGGCUUGCGGACAGCGCUUCAGCCAGAAGCACCACCUGGUCAGCCAUCAGCGCAUCCACACCGGCGAGCGCCCCUACCCCUGCGCCCACUGCGGCAAGAGCUUCAAGGACAAGAAGACGCUCGUCAUCCACCAGCGUGUCCACACGGGUGAGAGGCCCUACCGCUGCGGGGAGUGCGGCAAGACCUGCAGCCAGAAGCAGCACCUUAAAAGCCACCAGCGGGUCCAUCGGGGCACACAGCUGCUGGGUGGGGAUGAGAUGGGUGCAGCGGCACCAUGCUCCCAGCGCGCCCGGGCUGAGGAGAAGCCCUUUCAGUGCGUGGUGUGCGAGAAGCGGUUUCGGGACGAGCGGAUCAUGCUGGCGCACCAGAGGACGCAUGCCGAUCAGGGUGCCGGCCAGGCCCCGCGGCUUGCCGCCCAUCCAUCGCCCACAGCAGAUCAGCCGCGCUCGGCCGGUGGAGGGGCCGCGAGCCAGAAGCCUGACCUUGCAGCCCUGCCGGGGUCCCAGGGUGGACGGCGACCUUUUGCCUGCCCUGAAUGCAAGAAGCGGUUCACGCAGAACAAGUACCUUCAGCUGCAUCAGAGGAGCCACACGUGUGGGGUGGUGCCCCGUCCCGCGGUGCCCUGCACCCCGGCCGUGGCGGCGGCGGAGGCGGAGGCGGGCCCCGCGCUGCGGCCGGCCGCCGGCCCCGCUCCGCCCCGCACCCCCGCGAGCUGCGAGCCGCCGCGGGCUGCCGGGAGCUGUAGUCUGCCCGCGGAGCUGGUGCAAUGGUCGCCGGGCUGCAAGCGCCUCGCCCGCAGCAUGCCCGCCGGGCUGCCGGCCCAGGUGCCCGUGGCGUUUGAGGACGUUGCUGUCUAUUUCUCAGCAGAGGAGUGGGCAGAGCUGGCAGGAUGGCAGCGGGAGCUCUACCGGGAGGUGAUGAAGGAGAAUUACGAGCUCAUCUCUUCUCUGGGAUGCCCCAGUGCCAAGCCAGAGCUCAUCUGCCAGCUGGAGAAAGGAGAGGAGCCGUACGUGUGGGAUCCCCAGGGCUGGAGAUCUGGAUGCAGACCCCCAGAUACUUGGGCAGCAGGCCACGUGAUCAUCGUUAAAAGGGAGGAAGAAGAGGAGGAAUGGCUCCGCGAGGAAGGUGCUGGCAUGCUGGCCGCACGUGGCAGAACAGUAGAGAAAUCCCUUCCAUCCUCGGCUCUGAGCUGCUGGACCCAGGGGCAGCAGAGGAACCUGUCUGGGGGCACCGAGAACCACGAAGCCCACGGUGCCCCCCACGGGAUAGCAGCUGAGCGGCCCCACGCCUGCCCCGACUGCGCCAAGUGCUUCAAGGACAAGACGGCGCUGCUCAUCCACCGACGCGUCCACACCGGGGAGAGGCCGUUCGCUUGCCCCGAGUGCGGGCGCGCCUUCACGCAGAAGCAGCACCUCACCACCCACCUGCGCACCCACGCGGCCGAGCGCCCCUUCACCUGCGCACAGUGCGGCGGCUGCUUCCGCCUGCGCCAGGCCUUCCUCGCCCACCUGCGGGGGCACGCCGGAGAGCCGCCCUUCACCUGCGAGGCGUGCGGGAAGGUCUUCCACCACAAGCACCACCUGCUCACCCACCGGCGCGUGCACACGGGCGAACGCCCCUUCCCCUGCGCCCAGUGCGAGAAGCGCUUCACCCAGAAGCACCACCUGCUCAGCCACCAGCGCACCCACUCCGGCAGCCGGCCCUUCCAGUGCGCCCAGUGCGGCAAGCGCUUCAAGGACAAGACGCCCUUGAGCAUCCACCAAGUGGUGCACACGGGGGCCAAGCCCUUCGCCUGCGAGGCCUGCGGGAAGAUCUUCAGCCACAAGCACCACUUGGUGAUCCACCGGCGCGUGCACACGGGGGAGAAGCCCUUCUCCUGUCCCGAGUGCGAGAAGCGCUUCACGCAGAAGCACCACCUGCUCAGCCACCGGCGCAUCCACACCGGCGAGCGCCCCUACCCCUGCACCCACUGCGGCAGGAGCUUCAAGGACAAGAUCACCCUCAAGCUGCACGUCCGGCUUCACACGGGGGAGAAGCCCUUCUCCUGCCCUGACUGUGGGGAAAGCUUCCGGCUGCGCAAGGUGCUGCUCACCCACCAGCGGGUCCACACAGGGCAGGGCCCGCUCAUCUGCACCCACUGUGGCAAGAGCUUCCGGCAGGCGCAGCGCCUGGCCAUGCACCAGAGGAGCCACCAAGGCCAGGUCCGGCCCUUCCGGUGCGUCCGGUGCGGGGAGAGCUUCCCCCAGGAGCAGCAGCUCCUGCUGCACCAGCACGUCCACGCCACCAGCUGCCCAGAGCCCCCAGUCGAGGUCCCUGAGAAGUCCCCGGCAGCACCCCCCGUGAGUUAAGCUGGUUAUCCCCAGGCCUGCUAAAGCAGCUUCGGUAAAGCUGUGCAGACCCCCGAGGGACUCCCAGAAGCAGCGGUCUGAUCUUGGAGCGGGAAAGAAACACCAUCGUGGUGUUGGCAGUGCUGUCAGGCUGCGCGUGCUCUGCUCUGUGAAGCUGACCCGGGGUAGAAACCAAAGACUCCUCAUGAUGGGCAUCAAAGCCAUCCUGCAAUAGCCCAGGUCAUUUUUCCUGUAAAAAUAGCCGACCUCAUCCAUGGGGGAACCGUUAUCAAAACGGGGAGCAGAAAUGCAAAGCAAUCCUGUCGGUAUCUUCUGAUAGCCCUUUGCAGGGUUUGGGCACAGCCUCCUCACCCUCUCCACCAGUCCUCCACCUUGCUCCACUCACUGGAAAUGAAAAGACUGGGAAGGAGGUUUCCUCACCCUCAGCAGAUCAGGUGCAGGGGAUCAUUUCUUCCUGGGUCCAGCAGCAUUGUGUUUUCUGAGCGGCAGAGAGGAUCCCAGAAGCUCCUGCUUUUGUUUAAGUGCAAAAAAGCAUCAUGGCAGACAAGGGUCUUUAGUUAGAUGUGAUAUCUUUGAUUAGUUGGCCUAUAAACUAAUGGUCUACUAUUUUAGACUAAUUAGUCUAUAGACUAAUGGUCUAUAAACUUAGUUGGUUUUAUUAGACCAACUAAUAAAAGAUAUCACAUCUACCCAAAGACCCUUGUCUGCCCAUGUCCUUAGACUAACACGGCUACAACCAACACAACAGAGAGCAUCGUGGUGACUGGUGUUCCCCUUGCUCUGAGCAAGAAUGAGCAUUUAUACAGCAGGUUACAGGUGCUCAGACCCUGGGAGGGACCUGUGGAGAGCUGUGGGAAGCACCUUGCACACACGCAGGGCUCUGCUUCCCUGUGGAGGGAUAUGCACGGACAGAAGAAUGCAGUCGGGAAGUUUCGAGAUGGGAAGUCCAGUUCCUCCUGCAGGGUUAAGGUCGGCUGGUUCCCCAGCGCCCAUUUCUAGCCCCCUGUCCAGCUACGUCUAUGCUGUGUGGCUUCCUUGGGCUGGUGAUUUCACAGCCCACUACAUCACGUCUCUAGAAAGUUAUCUUGAUACUCUCCUUUCCCUAUUGCAUCUGAUGUCCCUGUAGGUCAUGGGCUUCUGGGCAUGAGAAAUCCCUGUGUGAGAGAGAAAGGGGAUGAUGGGAUGUGCCGCUGUCUUGGCAGGUGUCCGCACCCUGCCUUAUGGCAUCUCAUCUUCCUGUUGCUCUUGUUUGACCCCUUUGUGCUUGAAAUGCAUGUGCUGUGCGCGGCUCUGUUUUGCUCUCACUGCUGCAGCAGAUGGAUCAGCCCCCGGGAAUGUCCCAGCACCCCUCUCCUCUGACAGGUUCAGCUUUGGGGAGAGAUGACAAAAAACAUUUUCAUGGUUUUAUUGGACCCCCUGUAAUCAUUGGGAGAGAUGUUGGGCAAGCUUCUGAGCACAAAGAGUCCUUGCCUAACCUCUCUCCCCGUGAUACAGUUGAUCCGGUAAAAGAUAUUACCAAAGAAACCUUGCUUCUCACUCAUCCUCUGGAUCAUCACAGCUACAACCGUGCUCCUCGCCCAUGGAGAGCAAACGCUGCAGCCAAGUGCAAGUGCAGCCAGAAGGCAAACAAGGAGGGACCUGUCAGCGACAGAUGUGCUCAGAUAGUCCAGUGGUGAGCACCAAAAAAUGUCUGGUAAGAGAAACACAGAACUGAAUCGCAUCCACAAGUGAAUCGGUAACCAGGAAAAGGUACAGGACUCUGUCUUGUCCCUUCUGGCAGUCAAUAGGAAACUCUCUAGGAUCGCUGCGAGACUAGGAAGACAUAGGAUCAGCGUGCAUCAGGAAGGUGCUAGCUUGUGCGGUGAAUGCAAGAGAAAUCCUGCCCUCCAGAACCCCGCUGGGAGGACUCUGCCUCUUUGGUGGCUCCAAAAAAUGACUUUGCAAUGACACCAGAGACUCUCACUUAAGUAUCUGACCCACCUGGAAUCUUAGAGGCUUCUGUGACCCCGCAAAAGACUGAAAUAUGUAGUCAAUGUUAUCUUUUCCUAGGAUUAAUUAAGCUAUCUGAUCAUGUGUAUUGAAAUCCAUGUGUAUGUAAUACCCCUUUCGAGCUCAAACAGGCCGUUGCACAUAUUAGGAGAUAAUGUAACAGAUAAAUAUGUGUGUGACUGCGAACAACUGGUGAAUAUAUAAGAGGGACAUUAGAUGACAAGCCUGAGCACUUAAGUGAGCACUUCCCAACUUCAGAUGGCGUGCAAACAUUUUAUAAGGCAUCCUUCACCGAAUCGUAGAUCAAUACUCCUACCAGUGCAGCCCACGAUGCUGUUAGUCUUCUUUGCAAUAAGGGCACACUGCUGGCUCCUGUUCAGCUUCUUGUCCCGUCACCCCAGGUCCUUUUCUGCAGAGCCGUUGCCCAGCCAGUCGGCCCCCAGCCUGCACCGGUGCAUGGGAUUGUCCCGUCCUCAGUGCAGGAUUUUGCACUUGUCCUUGCUGAAUCUCAUGAGAUUUCUUUUGCCCCUAUCCUCCAGUUUCUCUAGGUCACUCUGAAUCCUAGGCCUACCCUCCAGCGUAUUUACUGCUCCCCCCAGCUUGGUGUCAUCUGCAGACUUGCUGAGGGUGCACUGCAUCCCAUCUUCCAGGUCAGUGAUGAAGACACUGCAUCCCUGUGAGAUGGGCAGAAAGUGCGAGUGAGGAAACGGAUGCGUUGCUAGAUACACAUCCCCGAUUCAGCAUUCAAUAAACAUGUCAUGUUUAUACCAAG